AUGUGUCCUGUCAACGGCCCGUCUGACCAGGGUAUCCCCUUCUGUCAACUCGCACGCUAUGCUUGGUCUAAUCUGAACCUAGGUUUGAUCCAGCCCCUGAAGCAAGAUGCGAACCAUCCUCUUACCAAGAACUCUGAUCAACAGGUCGUCGAGGAUCUUGUUCCUGGAGGAGACUUGGUCCUUGCUGUUGGUCCAGGCCGAAGACUGUUCGGGGUUUCUUCAAACUUCCUUUGCGAGAUAUCACCCGUCUUUGCCGUCAUGUUCGGACCAAACUUCGAGGAAGGGCAUCGUCUGCGAAGCACACAACCCGAAGACUCCGAAAUGGUGCUCGAGCUGCCCGAUGAUAACGCCCAAGCUUUCUCUGAUACCAUACGUGUUCUAUACGGAGCCGAUCCUGUGACAGUGGACUUCGAGCCUGCUGAGAUCCAGAAGAUCACCGUCGUUGUUGACAAGUACGACAUGAUUCCACGCUUCACCUUUGCUUCGGCAUAUUGGUUUGCAAAGUAUCCAUGGACGGACGAUCCGGAAGAAACCUGGCAACUCACAACGGCAGCAUACUGGAUGCAGAACCCUGAUGCUUUCUUCAACUAUAGCAAGAAGCUCAUCAGACAGAUGCAGCCGUCCCAUCUGAGCUUUGUCGACGACAUGCCGGACAAAGUACUUGGGCUGAGGCUUUGUUUGGCAAUCGAGGAACAGCGCGUCAACAGACUCAUGCACAGUACAAAGGCAAAGGGGGGCUUAUGUCUGCAUUGCUUCAGCCGGUCAAAGGUUUCGUUUACUCUACGAAUCAAGGGAUGCAAGCAACGCAAGUAUCACUAUUAA